AUGUCUUCCAAAGCUGCACGGAUAGGAGAAGAAGUAUGGAAGAGUCGAGUAGACAAAGUCAACGCUGAGCUCGUUACCCUCACAUACGGGACCAUCGUCGCGCAACUAUGCAAAGACUACGAGAGUGACUACGUGGAGGUCAAUAAGCAGCUCGACAAGAUGGGUUACAAUAUCGGGCUGCGAUUGAUCGAGGACUAUCUCGCGAAGUCGAAUACCAUGAGGCGGUGCUCGAAUUUCAAGGAAACGGCGGAGAUGAUUUCAAAGGUUGGAUUCAAGAUUUUCCUGAACAUUACACCAACGGUCACGAACUGGACGAGCGACAACAAACAGUUCUCUCUCUUAUUCGAGGAGAACCCCCUAGCAGACUUCGUGGAAUUACCAGAUGACGGACGGGCUCAAGGCGAGUUGUGGUAUUGCAAUAUCUUCUGCGGGAUAUUGAGGGGAGCGCUGGAGAUGGUGCAGAUGCAGGUCGAAGCGCACUUCAUCAGUGACGUGUUGAGGGGCAACGAUUCGACGGAGAUGAGGAUAUCGUUGAUACGAUACAUUGACGACGAGAUGCCUGUGGAUGAUGAAUAG